CUGCGCAACAACCACCUCCCAGGUAUCACCAAGAUGUGUGCCGAGUUGCUCGAUGAGGCUCGUCGCGACGAUCCCAUCAAGGCAGCUUACUCCUCGGCCAAGCACCAUUCUGGGGGUGACAACAACAACAACAACAACAACAACAACAACCGCAACGAUACGCGUGGCCACGGUGGCUCUCGCGGCGGACUCGGCCGUGGCAAUCGUGGCGGCGGUCGAGGUGGCGGCAACUCACAAGGCAAUCGUGGUGGCGGUAAUCAAACUGGCAACAAGUCCACUGCUGAGCGAGCUCAUUGCAAGCUCUGCAACCACACUCACUACGGCGCCGGCGAUAAUUGCUGGCAUACAUAUCCACACAAGGCCACGCCUGAGUGGCGUGAGCGAAAUGCGGAGCUUCUCAAGUCCAAGAAGGACGGCUCCAACGCAGCAACGAUAAAGGACGAUGCUGCUGGCGACCUGUACUUCACCAACGGCGGCGGCCUCAGCUUUGCAACAGUCCGCAAGACACCCGUGAUUGACAUUAGCGACACGGUGCGUGAGCUUGCUGGACGCAGUGAGUACCACAAUCGUCUUAUCCUUGACACUGGUGCCACUGAUCAUCUCUGUAACGACCACAGUAAGUUCGUCAACUUUGACCAAGGCGGGUACUACGCCAUCAUCAACACCAGGGCUGGUCCCAUUACUGUCACGCAGAAGGGCACCAUCAAAGUCACAGUCCUCUGCUCUGACGGCUCCAGUCAACAGGUUUCAUUCACCAAUGUC